ACACAGGCCAAACAACUGUUUUUAUUUUAUUUACCCAGAGUUAUUUUAAUGAAUUAAAAUAAAAAUAAUGGCAGAAGCCGCUAAUGUGCGCCAGAAUCUGCAGAAUGUGCCCUCGAUAUUUGAAAUAUCGGCGGCGGAAACGCUGGACAACCUAAUUUACCCGGCUCUCAGCAAGAUCUUCGACUACUUUGGUUUGCGGCUGGACUUUAAACUUUGGGGAAGUUUGCGGAUUCAAGAGGAGCUAUCACCAUUGUUGACCUGGCUGCUGCAGUACUUGUAUCUCCGGAAAAGAGCCUCCUCCUUUGGCGAGAGCUUCUACGGAUUGCAACGGACGGUUACGGAAACUGGGGAAUUGCUGAACCGCCGGCAGCAAUUCACAUCCGCCACAUUGUUGACCUUUAUUCCUUACCUGGAACGAAAGUUGAAGAGCAGAAUAGCCCGCCAUGAGGACACAAAUCCCUGGGAGCAGCGACUGCUCAGUGCCUUCCAUGCUUUUCAUGCCGCCAAGGCGGUGCACACAUUCCUUUACCUGAUCAAAUACGCUUCGAGUCAUUCGCCCAUCUUCAAAUCGUUGGGUCUGACCCUUCGCUAUCCCAGUGAACCUCCCAAGGAAGAUCAAUGGACCUAUCUCGUCCUCAAAAUGCUAGAGGUUCUGGCCUUUUUCCUGCAGUUCGUACAAUGGUGGUACUCCACCGAUCAGCGUCGCAAAGUCGGAGGCACUCUGCUAAAUCCGGGGGCCAUGCCCAGGAAGGAGCUACCCCCGGAAGUCCAGAAGACCCUGCCCAAACGAGGCGAAUGCCCAGUUUGCUUGCUGCCCAUCCAGACACCCACUGCCUGCUCCGUCUCUGGGUUCGUUUUCUGCUGGAAGUGCAUCGUUAGCCACAUGAAGGAGCAUGGAUGCUGCCCGGUCACCCAGUACCCCAUUAGCCUGGACGACCUAGUUCGUAUUUACGAAACCUAA